CUUUUGAUUUCAUUAUAAAUAUCCAUCAAUUUUAUUUCAUGUUUCAACUGUUUUCCUUCUCUUUUAUCUUAUCAUUUUCUUCAUACCUAUCAUAUAUUCAAUAAUCAAUAAUCGAUCGCUCAGUUCAAUCAACCAAAAUUAAUAAAUUCUCUUUCUUAUCCUAUCAAAAUGAAAUUCUCAACUACUUUUGUUUCCGCUGUUAUCGCUUUAUUAUCAGCUUCUACCUCAAACGCAAACUCUGCUGAUGCUGUCACUGCUGUUUUUGAUGAUAUCAAUAACCAUUUAACUGAUUAUUUGAGCUUAGUCACUGCUGGGGAAGUUCCAACUGCUAUUUUAUCUUAUUAUUAUGUUGCUCAAUCCUAUACUGAUGACAGUUAUACUACUUUAAUUAACUCAGACUUCCCAUUCAGUGAAUUUCAAACUUUUGUUACUGGUUUAGACUGGUAUUCCACUCGUUUAAGUUCUAACCUUGCUAUUGCUACUGGUAAUGGUAACGCUGCUUCAGCUACUUCAGCUACUUCAGUUAUUUCAUCAAUUACUUCAUCUGCUUCAUCUGCUGAAAAUUCUGAAAGUUCUGAAAGUUCUGAAAGUUCUAUGUCUUCAGAAUCUUCAGAAUCUGAAGAUUCCUCGGCUUCAUCAGCUUCCUCCUCUUCCUCUUCUAGAUCAAGUUCCUCUUCUUCAUCUUCGAGAUCGAGUUCUCGUUCCAGUGAAUCUUCAUCCGAAGAUGCUGGUGCUCUUGUUGCUGCUCCAUUUUUUGGAUCUAUUAUUGCCCUCGCUGUGAAUUUGUUAUAGGAGUGUUA